CGAGACGCGCCGACACGCUCACGUACGGACCCUGAUCCCGGACUGGGUGACUGAUCGCCGGCUCCUCGCGGCUGUCCGCAGCCUGCAGGUUUCCUGAGAGUGGUCACACCUUGUCAUCUUCCUCCAGAAACAGAUGAUUAGAGGAGGGAAGACUGGAGGGGAGUUCAGACUAUGCCAGCACCAAAAGAACAGCAACCCGAUCAUUAGCAGAAUGUUGCAGAAAGAGGAGCACUUUGAAGCAUAAUGUAGUUCCUCCUGACCUCGUGCCUGCAACAUCUUUGUUUGGCUGAUUUCAUUGGCCGAGUGCAGACUGAGGGACCGAUGGAGCAGAUCGGGGAGGAUCUGAACCUCUCCUUUCUGCUGGAACAUGAAAGAGAGAUGAUCUUGAAGGUGCUGCAGAAAGACGAGAAACUGAGGAAACGCGAGGAGAAGAGGAUACGGAAGCUGAAGAAUGAGCUGCUGGAGAUCAAACGAAAAGGUUCCCAUCGGCCCCAGGAGCUCGGGGAGCGACAGUGCGCCCGCUGCCUGAAGACUUUGGGCCUGAUCUUUGACCGUGGAGAUCUCUGCGAGGAGUGUCAGCUGCGCGUCUGCAGCGACUGCCGCGUCAAACCUCCCAACACACGCCAGUGGAGGUGCAAUGUUUGUGCCAAGAUCUUGGAGCUGAAGGUGGUGACAGGAGAGUGGUUCCUGGAGGAGCGGUCCAAGCGCUUCGAACAGGGAGUGCCGAGCAGUGACGUGAUCAAACAGACGAUCAUGAGCAGCCCGGCCGCCGCAGACAAUAAGUCUACAGAAAACCUGUCGGCCCCCUCUGAGUCGGAGAGAUCCGACACCCCAAGAUCCAACAGAAGUGCAGUCCUCAGCAUUAUGGAUGGUGCCAGGAGGAAAGGAAGGAUGAAGACGAAUAAGAAGGGCAGCCGACCCGCCUUGAAGCCGGAGAACGGAGUCGACAGCGCCAGUGCCAAAUCCGUUUCGGAUGGAGACGCACAAAGCGUGCGAAGUGUUCGCUCUGCUCCGAGUCCACGUUCAAACAGGGGCGGUGUGGUGGCCUUGGAGUCCUCAGGGAUGCCCACGGUCCUCAACAACCUGCGUUCCCAAACGUCGGACAGAUCCUCCACACCCAGCGACAACCGGAGGGUCAGGCCCGACGGAGCGGAGAGCGUCGCCAGUUUACACUCCAGCGACAGUGCUUCUGAGAAAAAAACUGCCGGCCAUCAAAGGACGAAUUCGGGCGCCCCCACCAUUUCUGUGUCCAGGGCCUCGGUUUCAUCAGAUCACAGUCGCUCAGAGAUGGACCUGUCAGCUCCUGGUUCUGAACCCAGUGACGACGCCCUCAGUCUCAGAAGCCGCUCGGUCCCCGGGCUCAACGAAACCGAGUUUUCUGAUGAGGACGCAGAGGAAGACAUCGACGCCCUGAUGUCGGCCCACAGCAAGACUCCAAGCCGUCGCCUCAGCAACGCAGUGUCAACGAGUAGCAUAAACAGCAUGAUGAGCAUGUACAGUGAGACUGGUGACUAUGGCAACGCCAGGGUGAGCGGCGAGAUCCUGCUCAACAUCAGCUACAGCUACAAGACCGGUGCUCUCAAUGUCCUGGUGAAAGAGUGUCACAACCUGGCAACAGGAGAUGAGAGGAGGCAACGCACGGACGCCUAUGUGAAGACGUACCUCCUGCCGGAUACGUCACGACAGAGCAAGAGGAAGACAAGUAUCAAGGCCAACACCAUUAACCCUGCUUUCAAUGAGAAUCUGAGGUAUGUGAUCAGCCACUCGCAGCUGGAGACACGAACCCUGCAGGUCUCCGUGUGGCACCAUGACCGCUUCGGACACAACAGCUUCCUGGGAGAGGUCGAGCUUACCUUCGACUCCUGGGAGUUUGAUUCCCAAAUCGAGGAGUGGUACGCUCUGCAGCCCAAGGUGGAGGGCAGUAUAGACUCCACAAUGCAGUACAAAGGAGAACUGACUGUGGUGUUGAAGUACAUACCUGCAGAGAAGAACCUCAUGCUGCCCCUGGACCAAGUACAAGUGAAGAAAGGGUUCCUGAAAGGCAAGAAGACGAGCAGCUUCACUCUGCCUAAAGGGGGCAUGGUUGAGCUGCUAGUCAAAGGAGCCAAAAACCUCACUGCUGUCAAGUCUGGAGGCACCUCUGAUCCAUUUGUGAAAGGGUACCUCCUCCCUGACAGCAACAAGUCAACAAAGCACAAGACAGUGGUGGAGCGGCGCACUGUGAACCCGCAGUGGAACCACACCUUCACCUACUGCGGCCUGCAGCCCGGAGACCUCAACAACGUCUGCCUAGAGCUCACUGUGUGGGACAAAGAGGCCCUGGCCAGCAAUGUAUUCCUGGGAGGAGUCAGGCUCGGAGCUGGCACAGGCAAGAGCUACGGGAACGAAGUAGACUGGAUGGACUCAUAUGGGGAGGAACAGCGGCUGUGGCAACGCAUGAUUGAAAACCCAGAAGUCCCUCAGGAGUGUACUCUGAUGCUGCGAUCCAGCAUGCGCAAGUGCAACACAUGAGCCGGGCCAGAGCGCAGGCAGAGAGGAUAAAAGAGAAUAACAGAGGGAACGGAGAAGAAGUGAAGCAAAGGCCUGAGGAGAGAGCUGGAGGAGAGGACCGGCCAAGAAAAACAAAGCAGCGAAGGGUCCAAGACUCAAACGCUCAUAAAGGAACAGAGACCAUCCCUGUCCCCACUUCUUUCCCCCUGCGAUGCCCCGUUCAGAUCCCUUCUCCUGUCCAGAACGGCCGGUCAUGCCAUACACACUCAUCCACCCGUGCCCCCACCCUCCCCCAAAGCAUCUAGUCUUGACCAAGCACUGCUGUUUACUGCUGUAUAUGAAAAAAACGUGUGUUGUAUGUAACUUACUGUCCUUACCAAAUAAGCACACAGCGCGACUCCUGAUGUGUCCGUCCUCGUCUCUGUGAUUCAUGUACCAGAGUCAUAUCUGCAUGUAGUUACAGCUGAUGGAGACCAUUUGUAAGGCGUUAGACGAGGCACUGAUCAACAAUGUAGAGACUCAGACAUUCCCCUUAGCAACCAUGCUGCAUCCUGGUCUGAAGCACCUGAUGAUGAUGAUGAUGAUGAUGAUGGUGCUGAGAUUCAUCCCCUUAGAAACUGUUGUGUGCAGAGGUGGAAAGUGACAAGUUCUUGUACUGCUGUCCUACUCAAGAAGUACUCUUAAUUUUACUCUUUAUUAUAACUGAGGCAGGCCGACAAUAGCAGCACUUUCAAAGACUUCUCAGGGUAGAUACAAACCGUACGAGCAAUGUGGAAGGACCAUCCUAUUGUAUGAUCGACCGCCAGUUAAUUUCGCUAGCAACUUCAUGGGUGGUGAUGUCAGUCUGUCAUUUCACCAGUCCACCAUUUGGGUCCAAAUAUAUGAACUAUUUGAUGGAUUGAAAUUUUGUACAAAUUCAUGGUUCACAGAGGAUGAAUCCGACUGACUUUGAUGAUUCCUUGAUCACUUAUCCAGUGAAAUGAUAAACAUCUCCUAGACUACACUUUGAACAGACAUUUAUGGUUCCCACUCAAUAAAUGAUGGCAAACGAAAUUUGGUGCACACAUUCAAAUGUCCUGAGAGUGAAUUGUAGUAAUUCUGGUGAUGCAUUGUUUCUUUCAUUGGGUCAAACUUAUUAUUUGUCCAAUGCUUUCCUCUCCGAUCAAAAAGCUGCAAAACUAACAACAUUCUCAUCAGCAUCAGCCGUAGUGUAGUGCUAAUUAGCAAAUGUUAGCAUGCUAACAGGCAAAAAUAAGACAGUGAACACGAUAAACUUGCGAAACAUCAGUAUGUUAGCGCUGUUUUUGUGAACAUGUUAGCGUGCUGCAGGAAUUAGCGGUUAGCAAUUAGCUCAAAGUUCCACUGUGCUUGAGCACAGCUUCACAGAGCUGCUAGCAUGGCUGUAGACUCUGGCAUGGCUGUGGUGUUGUGGUGCUGUUCUUCAAAAAAGUGCAAGUUUUUGAAUAAUUUACUUGUGGAAGGAGAGUACUUGUUUUUGGUUACUUUCCACCUCUGGUUGUCAGAAGAAAAACCCGACAGAUUACACAAUUUAGACUAGCUUCAAUGUAAAUUUACAUAGCACUGUAUCAGUGUGAUAAUAGAAACUGCAUGGUAUUAGAUAAAACGGAGGUAGAAGAACAAAAGAAGGUUAUAUAAAGCACUGAUAAUGACAUCACUUCAGCCUCAGAAGGAAAAGUGUGAUGUGUGAAGUGCGUUCCCAGGAACUCUGAGAUGGGGGCUGCGUGUUAUAGCGUGAGUCAGCACUGAGGCGAGCUGCCUUCAUCUCAGGGGGAGCCUAAUAAUGAGACAGUGACAGUCACCUUGUCCCUGUCGCCCAGGGCUCCGCCAUCCACCAGCCUGUGAUGAAUGACGCAGUUCACAAAAACAAUUCUCAAGUUAAACCCUGCACAAUCAUUUUUCAUGUGGAAUGGCAAUUUUGUCCGCUUGUCCUUGGCAAACCCUCUGCUCUGAACUGCCAGAGCAGAAGUUUCACACUGCACACUUAUAGUAAUAAUACAUGGUGUUCACUGUGCAACAUACUUUAGAUGAGCGGCUUGUGCAAUACCUGAUUACUGAAGAAACUCUUGAUGUACAGCAUGUACUAUCUCUGUUGUGUCUGGUUUCCAAGCAUCACUGUAUUCAAGCCUAUUUUGUCACAAAUGUGUU